AUGGCCAAACAGACUUGGCAAGCUAUCCGCGAAUGUGAUGCUGUGAUUUUUGUCGUGGAUGGUCGUAGUGGAUUGGCCCCCCAAGACAUUGAAAUUGCUAACCGAUUACGAAAAAUGCAACGCCCUGUCACCGUUGUUGUCAACAAGGCUGAGGGCAUGCGUUACUCGGCCGUGGCUGCGGAUUUUUAUGAGCUAGGGCUAGGUGAUCCUUGUGCCAUUUCUGCUGCUCAUGGUGAUGGUGUACACGAUCUCAUUCAAGAAGUGCUUGAAAAAAUUGCCCCCCCUAGUGUGACCGAUGACCCUAACAUGGAGCAACCCAAUAUCAUUGAAAGCACUGCAAAUAAGUUAGAGGUAGAGGUAGAGGUAGAAGUUAAGGUUGAGACCGCCCCGCCCAACCAAACACAAGCCAUUGAAAGCGAAGACCCUUCUUUCACGCCCUCCGCCAACACCCCCUUUGACGGUGCCAUUAAAAUUGCCAUUGCCGGUCGUGCCAAUGUCGGCAAAUCGACCCUCAUUAAUACCUGGCUUGGGGAAGAGCGUGUG